AUGUCCACCCGCUCAGCGCCCGCACCGAGCGCCUCAGAGCGCCCCGCGAAGAAGAUCAAGUCCGCUUCGUCUGGGUCCCGUUCAGCGUCUGGACAGGCCCCGCCGCUGGGCAAGUUCCUCGCCAGCAGCGAGAAGCAUGUCCGCGACAAGGCAGUCCAGUCGCUCGCCAAGUUCCUCUCUGCCGGGCAGGUCAAGCGUGACGUCGAGGACGACGAGGAAGAAGUGGAGGAGGAACUGCCGGUUGGAGAUCUGGAUUGGGACAGGGAGUACGAGGUCGACAAGCGGUUGAGCGAGCCAGAGAUGGACAAGCUGUGGAAGGGGAUCUUCUUCUGCUACUGGAUGUCGGACAAACCGCUCGUCCAACAAGCCCUCGCCGACACCCUCUCCAACCUCACGCUCGACGUCCGAACACGGUCCAAGACGCGCAACGGCCGAGUCGAGAGGUUCAGGUGUGCGCUGGCGUACUUGAGGGGGUUCUGGCAUGCGGUUACGAGGGAGUGGAGCGGGAUUGACAGGCUGAGGAUGGACAAGUUCCUGCUCCUGAUGCGGCGAUUCGUCUUUGUCGCGUUCAGGCUCCUCGAGCGGGAAGAGUGGGAUGCACGGGCAAUCCAGGAGUACAACGAGAUGCUCGUCGGGCCGAAGGGGCCGCUGCACGUCGAGGACCCGAAGAUUCCCCAUUCCCUCGCCUACCACCUCUUCGACAUCUACGUCGACGAGAUCGAACGCCUCGCAUCAUCCGACUCUAACGCCGGCCGAACAAUCCCCCUCGUCGCCCUUCUCCAACCCAUGUACACGACCGCCGCCCGCGCCGCCACCUCGACCAUGUACUCGCGCCUGAUGGAGAACGUCUUCACGUCCCUCUGCGACGCCCUCUUGCCCGCCAAGCCUGAACCCGCGGCCAAGCGAAGAAAGGGCGUCUCUGCGCUGCCGAAACCCGAAUACCCUGGCAUCGUUGCGCGGGCUGUCGAGGCGGAAGGGGCGGCAGAUGGCGAGGAGGCAGAGAUGAUUGGGAAGAAGGUCCUCAAGGGGCUCUUUGACGAGGGUGCCAAGCCAGAGACGGACGAGACGAACCGGAGGAGGAUUUACAGGUUCGUCGCCGAGCGGGAUGUCGAGCUGGAGUGA